AUGUUUCUGUACCAGCUCAUCAACUUUUUCUUCGUCUCUUCCCAAAAAGAGGAGGAAAAAUCACAGUAUGACCUGUCUCUAUACAAACGCGGUGAUCUAUUAGAGGUCCCUCGGACAAUGUUCACACACUUUGGCAUCUACUUGGGUGACAACCGUGUGGCUCAUCUCAUCCCGGAUAUCCUGCCUGUUAUCACCAAGGAUAAAUCUGCAAUCUCCACGGUGGUGACGAAUAAUCGCCUGCUGAUUGGGGUCAUCACUAAGAUUGCAAGUGUGAGAGUGGACUCCGUGUCAGAUUUUGGGUACGGCUCAGAGAUUCUGGUCAACCGCAUGGACGAGGUGUGCAGCCAGCCUCCUCUGGAUGGGGAUGAGGUGGCGAGACGGGCAGAGAAACUGAUGGGCUCUGUCACCUACAGCUUACUGUGGUACAACUGUGAACACUACGUCAUGUACUGCAGAUACGGAAUGGCUAUCAGCUAUCAGACUUACCAGGUACAGUAUCAGGCCUCUGUUGUAGUAGAGAGAGUGAAUAACAAACUUUUUUAAACCCAAAAAAUUGCAGCAAAAAAAGUUCAUUAAUACAUCUUAUCAGAAAAACCUUAAACUUUUCCAUUUUUGUUUUAUGUCUAAACUGCGAGUUUGUGUUGUUUUGAGCUAACAAAAAUAGUCCAUAAUUUAAAAGUCUUAAGGGGUUUAAACAAGUACUUGGCUUGAUUUUAAGUUUUUAGCUGGUUAUGAGGCUGAAAUGACUGAAGAUGUCGCUUUAUGAGCUACAAAAACAAAUGAAGUCAUUGGCAUAAAGAUUCAAAAUUUCUAUUCAAUGAUUUUUGAAGCCUUGUGGCUGUUGCUGCAGGUUAGAUGUUGAUGUUUUUAUUUUCAUUUUACUCGCUUUUUUUUCCUGGCAACUAUUCUCAAUGACAGACACACAUGAGUUUUGAAAGAGAGCAGGAUGAUUCUUGUGAUUAAAAGCAUGACUCAAAUACUCCAAAAACCAACAAAGAGAUAAGAGGUUGCGCUAUGUUCACAGGGGACACCAAAACAGACACAAGUGCCUCUCAGGUGAUUCAGUGACAAAAGUAUGAAAGGUGUCCUGUGCUUCUAAGAUUGUCUGCUUUUCGGGACACUAUUGUAUGGAAUCCCUCCCUCAUGUCUUUACUUUGAUUUUCCCCUUUCAGUUCAAUAUGCAGACAUAGAACAUAAAUGAUAGUUUUUUGUCCAUUCACUAUAAAAUCUAAAAUUUAUCAAAGAUAGAUCUUGCAGUGAUGCAUUUCCAGAUUUUUUCACCAUUGUUCACAUUCUCACAUAAACAUAAGCACACACAGGCUACAAAAAUAAAUAUAUAAUAUGACCUUCAGACAUCACCCACAGUGUCAUCGAUCACAUAUUGACCCACACUGAAAAAAUGUUCCUUCUGGCAGUGAGUUAGUCAGAGCUGUAUUGAACAAUGUUUUCAAAGCUGUCAAGAUAACAGACAUUGAAUUAAGAAAAAUCAAAGACUGGAUAUAAAUGUGUGUGAAAUAUCACCUGGGCACCCUCUACUAUCGUUAACUAAAGCUCCUGUGAGAAUUUUUUAGCUAAAAUGAAUGUGAAAUAAUAACUUUAUUCUUGUUGAACAUAGAGGUGUGCAAGAGGGAUGGAAAACUAUGUACCGCAGUGUUCUUCCAAAUCAUCAUCAACCUUCAUUUAAGCUCGUGGAAAUGAUUGAGGUUUCUCUUAUUGAAAAUGUUAUGAAAUUACAAUUUUGACUCACCAAAUGUAGUCUACAAUCAAAUCAAGUCAUGUUUUGUUUCCUCUGACAAACUUUCCAAUUUGAAGGAACAUUACAGAGGGGUAAUAUCUUCACAAACAUUUGAAAAUGUAAUAGUGAAUUUUUACCACAUCAGAGUUGAUGCCUCACAAUAGCCCAGGCCGACACUCACACACGUUUUUUUGUAAUGAAACUCAGACUUGUACUGUAAAGGCAUCAGCCAAAUUUCCCUCUACAACUCUCACUACUGAGAUGGACAAAUAGACCUCUUGGGGUUGUGAUACCUUCUGAACAUAACAGUUUAAUAACAGUCCUCAAAGGGAGCAGCCUGGGUUUGAUUCCAGCCUGUGGCCUUCAGCUGCGGGCCACUUGGCACGACCAUCUCCUAACCCAUGCCCCCACACACAAACACCCCCACAUCGUAAGACCUGUUAGUAGGGCAGCAUGAAAUAAAAAACAUUUCCUUUAAAAGCAGAUCUUAGAAAAUGGAGGCACUUUGCAUCUUGUAUAACUCAGUUUUUUGCUGACGAACUCAAAGUUUUGCUUAAUGACUCUUUAUAGACUGUUGCAUAACGUUGAAAAGCUUGUUGAAUAAAAGUCCUUCACAUGACUGUUAAUUUGAGCUUCUAUUCAGAGAUUUAUUUAUAAACCCUGAAUCCACAGGAAUCUUUAAUUCCUCAAUACUUCACACGUCUCUAUUUUUAUAUACCGAAGAUUAUAGUGUGAUAGAUGUCACAUGUUUUUGUCCAAGACACGUGAAACAUUGACAUAACCAUUGGUCAUUCGUCUUGAUCAAAUAUAAAACAGAUUACUGGACAAAUUAGAAUUUAACAGAUUAGGAGCAGGUCAAAAUAUGAUUUUGAGCUUUUAUAUUACAUUUGCAGCUUUAUUUCUCAUCUGGCUUAUUUCAUGCUAAAAUCAGACUGAAUGAUAUAAAGUCAUAAAUAUGCUUUUGUUUGCUUCAGUCCACUCGAGUCUAAAUUUACUCAUUUAUGAGGGGGGCAGCUUCCUCUAGUGGUAGCUUACUUCUUACUGUAAUGAGUCCAUAUGAGGGACAGAAAGACUUUUAUUUUACUUCAGUCGAAAUCACCUUCUCUUUCUCUCUGCUCCCUCACAGUUUUGCACAGCAGUGAGGAAGAUUGUCUGCAGCAGGAUGAGCUCUUAUUUCACGGCACUGUGCGGCGUAGGAGCCAUGCUGUAUGUGGGCUGUGCGACACCGCUGACAGUUUUACUGACUGUGCUCAUCUCAUUCACCAUCUGGAUGGCGGCCUAAAGGCCUCUAGUGAAAGAGACUUGUUUAACACACUAGUGGAAGCUGAAGUGGAGCCUCACGGUUAAGCUUGGUGUCUAAAAUCAUUGGGAAACAUCUGUGUUACCAAUUAAAAAAAGUCACUUUACUUUUUAAGUUCUUUGAAUAAUCGGUCCCUUUUUUUAUUAUCAACUGAUUUUUGUAUGUUUCUUAGUCUUUUAAAUUCCUUUUAUUUGUGUUUUUAAAGAAGUUUUUUUUUUUAGAUAUCUAUUUUUUAAGUUUUCAUUUUUGCACACCUGAUAGACCUACCUUUAAAUCUCACAUGUGAAAGUGACCGACAACCAAGAUGGAGUUGAGCAGAGACAUUUGAAACAACUGAACACUCUUUAAAGAUGGAUAUUGGAUUAAACAAGUGCUUUUUGAGAUCAGAGUGAUGCUAGACUUGGACAGCUCUGGCAAAAUGCUCUGCUUGGACUAAAUGCACUUAGUUUUUCGUUAUGAAAAGCACAAUCAAUUUUAAAUACUAUGACUGACAAAUGUCAGAUGUGUUUUUCAUGUAUUUGCACCCAUUUCUGUGUGUCUUAUUGUAUCAAAAUAAAAAUUCAAUUGAUAAUAUAA